UAUAAUAUGUAGGAAGAAGUAUAGUAAGCAUGUAGAAAUAAGUAUAACAAGUACAGAUACUUCAGUUUUGAACGUUUGAAGUGUAUGUUUUCAAGAACGUUUCAGUUAUUUUGUAAGAAUAAUAGUAUGAAAAUAUGAAUUUGUAAAAUAUCUAUAUUUAUGUCAAAAACGAGAUAUAAAAUGAUAAAUGUAUAUAUUAAAGAAUUUGUGUAAAUGUUUUUAAAAUUUUGAAUUCUUAUACAGGGGACAGCACAAUCUCCAGUGUCUUGUAAGGAUUAAGUGUAUAAAUCUAAUAUUUUGUUUUUCUAAGUUUUAUACAUAACCAAUUUAGAUAUGAAAAAUGAAAAGGGAGGAUAGAUAUAUGAUUUAUAAUUAAAUAAAUGUUACAUGGCUAAUAGAAAAAUUUUAUAACAUCAAGAAUUAAGAGUUAAUUUCAACAUGGGUACUGUAGAAUAUGGUUUCCCAAUGAUUGGUGGUUUAAUGCCACAAAUUCAAGCUCUUAUAGCACCACCUGUAUCGGAAGAUUCUAAAACAGCAAAAAGUAAAAAGGAUAAGGAGGAGAAAAAGCAUCCGUAUUUUAAAAGAAGAGGUCGGGGACACAAUCGUGAUAUCUGUGAUGCCUGUCGAGAUGGAGGAGAACUUAUUUGUUGUGAUAAAUGUCCUGCAUCAUAUCACUUGCAAUGCCAUUAUCCAGCAGUGGAUCCAGCAGAUAUUCCUAAUGGAGAGUGGUUGUGUUAUGCUUGUCGAUGUGCAUCAAAGAGGAAUCUUUUAGAUACUAAAGGAAAUGAGAAAAACAAAAAAAAAUCUGCGUUGGAAGUGCUAGCUUUGGCAGCAUCUUUAGUUAAUCCCAGGGAAUUUGAAUUACCUAAAGAAUUGCAAUUACCAAUUAUGUUCCCUGGUAGUAAUAAAGUAGAUUAUGUUUCAGGUAGAAGAGGAAAACAACAAAGCGGAAAUAAUAAUGUGGGGAAAAGUCACUGUUUAGAUAAUAAUUUAAUGGUACCUUUACCGGCACGUUUAUGUUUUGAAUGUGGCCGUAGUUGCAGAAAAGCACCAUUGAUUGCAUGUGAUUACUGUCCAUUAUAUUUUCAUCAAGACUGUUUGGAUCCACCACUCACUGCUUUUCCCAUUGGAAGAUGGAUGUGUCCUAAUCAUCCAAAUCAUUUCAUAGAUCAAAAUUUAUUAACAUCGUGUAGAGUGACUGAACGUAUUAAGCUUUGGGAUAAAUAUGCCAAUCAACGUAUAGAUCAACACGCAGUAAAAUUAGACUUUUUGCGUAAAGCACGUGCUGCAAAUCCACUUUUUCGGACAAAAAUCAAAUUAGAAAGUCGGACAAGAGUAAAGGUACCCUGGUCUGUAAAAUUUCAUUAUGAACAUCCACCAGAAUUAGAUUCUGUACAAUUUUAUCAUGAUGCUGUUAUAAAACCAAUUGUUAAGAACAUUAAAGUGCAAGAUAUAGAAAAUAAUGAUAUCAAACUUCCUAAAAUAGAGAAAGAAAAUACAGAAGUACAAAGAAUUGAAGAAUCAAUGGAAAUAGAAAAGGAAAUUGAGAGUAACAAUGAAAUAAAGGAUAAAAUUAAUCAAGAGGAAACAAGUAGUACGAAAUAUGAGGAGAAAGUAGAAGAAGAAAAUGUAACUGAAAAUAGAUAUAAUAAUGAUAUUGGUACUGAGAGUUAUGUAGAACGAUUUGGCUAUGAUAUAAAAGAAGGUGUACAGUUACUUGAAAGACCAGUUUUAGAGGCAUUAGCAUUACAACGAUUAGAACAAAUUUUAGACCCUGAUGGAGAAAAUUAUGAGACUAUUAAUUGCCAAACAAAGGCUAGAGCAGCAUUGUUUUCUUUAAAUCGUAAACCUAAACCACCAGCUUUUAUGAUUCAUAAAACACUAACUAUUGGAAGUGGCCCAAAUUGUGAUUUAGUUUUAUCUAAUUAUGGUAACUGUAGCUUUACAUCUUCAAAACACGCUAUUAUUUUUUUCGACGAGAGUACCAAACGUUAUGAAUUAUUAAAUUAUAGUGAAUAUGGAACAGUAGUUGAUAAUGUAUUGUAUUCUUGUAACUAUACAAGCGUGAUAGAACAAGUAAAAGAGGAAGCUGACGAGAAAUCAAUGACUAAGGAACAGGAAACUACAGAAGCAGUGAAAUCUAUAAUAAGAGAAAAGGUUUUAACUCAAGAACAAGUAGAGAAUAAAAGAGUAUUGUGUAAAUGUAAUUUAACAAAACACGAGACAAAAGACAAACAUCAUUUAGAAGAAGGAUGGGAAGGAAGUGCUAUUGUGGCUCAUGGAUCAACAUUGGCAUUUGGAUGCCUAAUGUUUGUGUUUAAUACGAUAAAUGCACAUUUAGAACGAUGAAUUUUAUGGUGUAAAUAUUCUAUCAUUUCCAUGUACAGAUAUUUUCGUAAGCUAAUGAUAAUUAAAUUAAUGAAGUAAAUUUUUUCUA